AUGUUUUCAAAGGAUGAUGUCAAUUACUCAUUAUACCUGGUAACGGACUCCACUAUGUUACCGGAGGGAAAGACACUGGAAUACCAAGUUGAGAAGGCGUUGCAAAAUGGUGUUACGCUAGUGCAGUUGAGGGAGAAAGAUACCGAUACUAAAACUUUUUUGAAGCGUGCGCAAAAUCUUAAAGAUCUGUGUACUAGGUAUGGUGUUCCUUUAAUCAUUAAUGACAGGGUUGAUAUCGCCCUAGCUGUUGAUGCCGACGGUGUUCAUGUUGGUCAAGACGACAUGCCAGUCCCAGUCCUCAGGCGGCUUCUUGGUCCUGACAAAAUAAUUGGUCUAAGUGUAGGGUACCCUGAAGAAGUGGAGGAGUUGGCCAAAUGGGGAGAAGGUUUCGUAGAUUACAUUGGUAUCGGGAUGGUGUUUCCUACGUUGACCAAGAAGAAUCCUAAGAAGUCUCCGAUGGGAACUGUCGGUGUUUCAAGGAUUUUAAGUGCGCUUGAAGACCAUAAGGCUGCAUAUUGCAGAUCUGUUGCAAUCGGAGGUUUGCACCCAGAUAAUAUUCCCCGGGUUCUAAUCCAGUCGAUGAGUUCCAAUGGAUGCAGAAGUGUUGAUGGGAUAGCUGUGGUUAGUGAAAUAAUGCAAGAUCCGGAUGCGGGACAAGCAACUAGACGUUUGAAAGACCUAAUUAACCUGAGGCACUUCAAGUACACACCUGGAGUGUUUGCUGAGAGUACAUUCAAUCCUAACGAUAUUGAUGAAUAUAUUAAGUUUAUUAGGACAGCACCUCCUUUAGUUCAUCAUAUCACAAACGAUGUGCAUCAAAACUUUGGUGCAAACAUUACGCUUGCGUUGGGAGCUUCACCAAUAAUGUCCAAAAACAAAGAAGAGUUUGAAGAGCUUGCGAAAAUUAACCAGUCAGUAUUGCUGUUGAACACAGGUUCAUUACCAGAUACUUCUAUUGUUUUUGAAGCCGUUAGGGCAUAUAACGAGCAACAGCGGCCGAUUAUUUAUGAUCCAGUUGGAUACUCGGCUACUAGUGUUAGGUUAAUGUACAACCAACGAGUGCUGACUUCUGCACAGUUCACCUGCAUUAAAGGUAAUGCUGGUGAGAUUCUAUCAAUGGAUGAAAAGUCCAGUGGACAAAUGAGGGGUGUAGACUCUACAGUUACGGAAGAAGGUAAUGUUGAGACCUUAGUAGAAGCGGCAAGGAGAGUUGCUUAUCGUUACCGUACGAUUGUGGUUAUGACUGGCGAAAAUGAUAUUGUUAUAGAUGGGACUAUCGGAUGUACUUUUAAUCUAUCAACAGGAGCAGGCAUCACUUCCUCAUCUUUACCUGCUUAUGUGGUAACGGCAGGCAAUAUCCCCAUAAUGGGAUCAGUGACCACAACUGGCUGCUCUUUAGGGACUGCAAUUGCUUGUUUUGUUGGCAGUUUACAAGAUACGCAUUCGGUAUUCAGUGCUGUUUUAUCUGCCGUUAUCGUAUAUAAGGUUGCCGGCAAGGUUGCAUCAGAACGCUGCAGCGGUAGCGGAAGCUUUCAAAAGGAGUUCCUAGAUGCAUUGUACCAGCUUGCAAGAGGCAGUGAUAUUCCAUUACCUCUUAUUUCUGUCACUCGAAUGUAG